AUGGGUGCAACUUGUUCCAAUAUGAAAAACCAAAAUGUAUUUAACAUUAUGGAACUCCCUUAUAAGUACAACUAUGAUAAAAGACUUAGUAUUCAUGUGAUGGCAUAUAUCUGGUCUGAUAAUGGACAUAAUUUAUUUGAUUAUGAGAGUGAUUCCCUUGUCAGAAAAUCUAUUGACUUUGAUUUCUAAGGUAUUUCCCAUAAAUAUAUAAGGAAGAGUGGUUCAAUUAGACAGAGACAUCUUGGCUUUAACCAAAAAUGUAAAUUUGCCCCCAUAAUCAUUACAAAGGAAGUAGUAAGGAAUUAAAGAGAAAUCUUUGAGUUUCGCAGUAAUCAGAAAUCAAUUGAAUUAUACAAUUCUAAACUUGAAAAUGCAUUCUGGAAAGUCAUCAGACCAUUAUAGGCAUCAGAUCUACCCACUUUGGACCGUCAAAAAUUAGUGAUAAAUACAACAAUAAAAUUAGGAAGAGUCAAAUUGACAGUUCUUGAUUAUAGUUUUGCUUAUGAAUAUGAUGAUGGAGGAGUCCCAGAUGAAUUGGAUGAAAAAAAUAAAUUAAAUGAUAGUGGAUGUGUAGAUGGAUAAGUGUAAUGCAGGUUUUGUUUAAGUAAACUGGCAACACUUGAAAAUCCUUUCAUAAGUCCUUGCAAAUGCAUUGGUUCCAUCAAAUACAUCCACUUAAAGUGUUUAUAGAGUUGGAUAAAUAGCCAAUUAAAAACUAAAGCCUAAAAUGGUGUAACACUAUAUUAUUGGAAAAGUAUGAAAUGUGAACUAUGUAAAUCAAUGUACAAAAGUAAUGGUUAAUUUAACCUUUUAUAGCUUCCUUUAAGUUUAAGUAGAUUCAAUAUAACAUAUGCGAUAUUAAUAAACCUAAAGAGCCUUAUUUGUUAUUGUAAAUUAAUCACAGUGAUAAAAACAAAGAAUAGGGUUUAUAUGUAAUUGAUGUCAAAACAAGAGACACCAUUAAAAUAGGCAGAACAUAAGAUUGCGAUAUAAAAUUACAUGAUAUUUCAGUCUCGAGACAUCAUGCCAGCAUACUAGUUAACCAUUAAGAAUAAUCUUUUUAUAUUGAAGAUAAUUGUUCAAAAUUUGGAACUUUGGUUUUAGCAUAAGAAGAAGAUUUGUAGAUAUAAUUGAAUUCCCCGAAAAGAGUAGCUCUACAAGUAGGAAGGAUAGUAAUUGUUGUAACCAUAGAAAAAAAGAUAAAUAAAAAGAAGUAAAUUUAUGAUGUGAAUGUUAGAAUAAACAAAUAUAGAGUGCCUGCGUAAUUUGAAGUAUUUAGGUAAAUUAAAUAACAUGAAGAUGAAGAGGAAGUGCAAUCUGCUGACCAGUAAUAAUAGUCAGAUGUUGAAGAUAUUUUAAUAAAUGAUCCAGCAUUUGAUAGAGAUUAAGAUAUGAGUAAAUUUAAAAACAUGAACUUUUUAACUGGAAGCAUUAUUUAAAGAGAGUAAUAGUGA